AUGUCUACACCCUUAGAACAUGAUUACAUAGGCUUAGCAGAGACUCCAUACAUGGAUAAAAGUUGUGAUAAGAUAUCCUCUUCAGUUUCCUCCAACCUCUCCUCUGAGGAUGAGAACAGUUCAUCUCUGAACUUCAAGGAGACAGAGCUGAGGCUUUGCCUGCCCGGUUGUGAGUCUCCUGAGAACAAAUCAGAAGCUGGAGGGAUCUCUCUUUUUGGCAAGGAUUUGCAGAAUAAUGGCUAUUCUGCUUCUUCAACCCCUUUCAAGAACCUCAAGAGGGGUUUCUCUGAUGCCAUUAGCUCCUCCUCUUCUUCUUCUGGGAAAUGGAUUUUCUCAGCCAGUGAUUCAACUGAGGAUGAUCUGAGAAAUGGUGCUAAUACCUCUGCACUAUGCAACAAAGAGGUUGGUUUGGUUCCUCACUCUGAGAAGCCAGCUCAUGUUGCUGCAACAAUUGACCAUGCUACUCCUUCUGCAAAAGCACAAGUUGUGGGGUGGCCACCAAUUCGAUCUUUUCGAAAGAACACGAUGGCCUAUAAUUUGGCAAAAAGCAACACUGAAGCUGAGGAGAAACCAGGAGUUGGAUGUCUUUAUGUUAAGGUCAGCAUGGAUGGUGCCCCGUAUCUCAGAAAGGUUGAUCUGAAAACCCACAGCAACUAUAUUGAACUUUCUUCUGCUCUUGAGAAAAUGUUCAGCUGCUUUACCAUUGGCCAAUGCAGUUCACGUGGAGUUGCAGGAAAAGUGGGAUUGAGUGAGAGAGCUUUCAGGGAUCUUGUUGAUGGCUCUGAAUAUGUUCUUACAUAUGAAGAUAAGGAUGGAGACUGGAUGCUUGUGGGUGAUGUCCCUUGGGAGAUGUUCACUGAGUCAUGUAAGAAACUAAGAAUAAUGAAAGGCUCUGAGGCAAUUGGACUGGGGUCCAAGGGCAAUGGAAAAAUCUAG